AUGAUGUUCGAGUUGCCAGCAGAAUUGGUAGCUAAACCUUUAGCUUUGAUAGGUUUGACUGGAUUAGAUAUUGCAAAUCCAGUACAUCGCUCUAUCUGGGAUGCAUUCAGUAAUAAUCGUAGACCAGAUUGUGCAGCCGUUCAAUUUAAGCUCCUUAGUUUGACACAUGAAUUUCCUACUGUUAAACCAAAGCGUAGCUCGUAUGAAUGGUACAUACCUAAAGGAAUUUUAAAACGAAACUGGAUGAACAAAUAUCUCAAUGAAAUUCCUUCGGUAGUUGUUACAUUCUAUGACUUAGACUGGAAUGAUCCUUUAUGGAAUGAAAAAAAGAUGGAAUGUGCUUCUAGAGUACAAUCUUUAAGAGCUGCCCUUGAUGGAAGAAGUACGAAAAUAGCUGUAGUAUUGAUACAACAUGCUGUUCAACCGCUUCCUGGUGCUGAAGAUGUAGUUGCAACUGAGCGUGCAACAGCAUUGUGUGGAGCUUGUGAUUUAACAGCAAAGCUUUUAUAUAUUUUGCCACAUGCUGAUCACUUAUUAGGAUAUAUAUCUAGGCUAGAGACGGCAUUCUAUGAUUUGGCACAAAAUCUUUAUCAUCACGAAUAUCGAAAUGUUAAAAGUCAUCGUGAUCAGCUCACUAAGAAUGUUCAUCAAUAUUUAUUUGUUCGACAUCAAUUUAAAAUGGCAUUCUUGAAUGAACUCAAGCAGGAGCUGCAUCUUGCUCAAAAGCAUUAUAUGCAAGCUUAUCACAAUCUCCUAGAAACAAGAAUGACAGAUGCAAACGCAGUAGAGAUAAAAACUGUUGCUGGUUUUAUCAAUUAUAAGUUGUGCAGAAUAAUGUUCAGUUUAAAUCUUCCUAAAGAUGCCAUUUCUCAAUUUAGACUUCACACAGAAAGAUUUAAACUAAAAACUGGUCCAAAGGAACUAAUGUUUGAACACCAUGCUUGGAUGAGUAGUCAGUUUUCUACAUUUGCAGAAUUAUUUGAUGAGGCUAUUCGUCAAGGAUUACCUGCUGUUCAAACGCAACAUCCAGGGUAUUAUUUCCAAUUAGCUGCUAAUCACGCAAGCUUACGACAAUCUGCGUGCAAAGAACUCUGCCAGCAUAUAAGCAGCUAUCCAGAUCCAGAUCCAUUACUGGGUGAAGAGAAACUCGAAUUUUAUGGUCAACGACCAUGGAGACCUGGGAAAUUGAGUGCAGAACCAGCAGACACAGCUCGAGAAGCUAUCGGCACACAAGCUUUACAAUACAGGGAAAAAACUACUGUUAAUCAUUCUAUGAUAAUUAUUGGUUUACUAGGAAACGCGAUAUCACAAUUCAAGAUAUAUCGUUGUCCAAGAAUGCGGCGAUUACUAGUCGUACAAAUGGCAGAAGAAUACUUUAAUGCUCGGGAUUAUGGCAAAGUUCUUACAUUAUUGAUGCACAUGUUGUGGGAAUAUCAUGGAGAACGAUGGCCAGUUUUACUCACUGAUAUCUUAAAGAAUGCACUGCGAGCUGCAUAUUUAUCGACCAGUAUUCAAGACUAUCUCACUUUGGCUUUCGAAGCUUUAGGGCCUUCAACUACAUUCUCAGAGGAACGGCAAGCUGUUAUUUAUAACAAUAUUAUAAAUAUACUACAGAAAAAACCACCGAAUCCAGAACCAGAUUUGCCAGACGAUAUUAAGCAUCUUGCCAUGGAGAAGUGGAUGUUGGAACUAAAUCGUUCGGAGCCAAGUAUUUUUACAAUUGAUGAUAAUAAUAUGACAUCAUUUAUUGAUCUCAAAGCACGAUUUUUGCAGCAAACAUAUGCAGUGAAUACAAUGAUAACAGUGGAAGUUAUUGUAAGAAAUUCUUACUUUGGUACCAUUGAGUUUUCUAAUGCAUCGAUAACAGUUAGUGGACCAGGUUACAAUGCUGAGAUACCAAUUGAUGAGAUUCAACAAUCAGAUCUUAUUUUUCAAGCAAAAGAAACGAAAAAACUUUACUUCAACUUUAAAGCUCCUCGUCAAAAUGAUGGUGUAGAAAUUCGUAUUAGCACAGUUUCUUUACAAAUGGGUGAUAGCGAGCAUUGUUGUAUUAUGUUAAGAUUCUCAGCUAUGGGUAGAGAAACGAAUUUGUUGGAUCGUUUGUAUCCUGAAAUACAACAACUUCGUGGAGGAAAGUUUGAAGCAAUAAGACCAUUAAUUCACGCAGAGAUUAAACAGGAAGAAUCAAGUUUAAGUUUAGAUGCAAAAUCCAAUAAUCCUGCGCUUUUAGGCGAGUGGCUACCCAUCACGAUAUCCUUAUCAGCUAAUGAGAAUGUUAAUGCAGUCUGUUUAUAUAUAAUACUUUUAUCAGAUGGUAGCAAUGAGCAAUCAACUGAAUUAAGUAUUAAUAUGCUUAGUAAAGAGUCAAAAGUAUCUAUUGUUGUUGGUGAUAUGGUAAAAGGCACUUCAGCUAAACAUAUUGUGCAUAUUAGAGCACAUAAAGUAGGCGAUAGAAAUAUCGUAAUAAAGGCAGACUAUACUAAACCCGAACAAAUUAGGGGAAAUAAAGAAUUAACAUAUUCAUUGGCGGUUAAGAAACCAUUUGAAGUUGCAACACAAUUUUAUACUACACUGUUCGAACCAUUAACAAAAGGUUUUGUUAACGAACCCUUUAUCAUUAUGCCUCACAUUACCUGUGUUUCUCCAUGGCCUAUAAACAUUCUAAGUACAUCUAUAGAAUUGGCAGAUUCCAUUCAAAAAGAGAGCAAUCUUGACAAUCAAGAGUCCAUUUUAGCGGGUGUUAAACUCUGUGAUGGUGAGACAGGGACUGAUGCCUAUUGCUUGAUUCCAAAGAUAGGUGGCGAGUUGCCAAUUAGUAUUGGAGUAUACACUAUCAAGUGGAAAAGAGCAAAUGACGAAACUGCGUUGGAAACUAGUAGUAGCGUAACUUUAGCUCCUUUAUGGGUCGAAGAUGCGGUAAUCGGAUUAGAGGCCAAAAUGCCAGCCCACGGAUGGGUUCGCACGCCGUUUUGUAUAUCAUAUUUCAUAAAAAAUCAUUCUAAUUACCUUGUCACUUUACGCUUAGCUAUGGAAGGCAGUGAUGCAUUCAUGUUUGCUGGUCAAAAACAAAUUGAUAUUUACAUAUUGCCUAAAAAUAUUCGAAGAGUUGAUUGGGUUUUACGACCGCUAGUCGCUGGUUUUGUGGCUCUUCCAACAUUAUCGCUAACUGUACCUGCAGAUGAGGAACACAAGUUAGGUAAAGGGCGAUUAUCAGAGAUGAUUGAACGUUCUUUGCCGAGUCAUAUAUAUAUACUGCCGAAAUCACAGUCUUUAGGAGAAUAAAUAAAUUCGACAUUGGGAUUUCUUGUUU